GGGGCAAGCUGCAUUCAACUUCAAGUUGGGUCACGCGGUGGCUGCGGCACUGGGGAGAGGUGGCAGUCUGGAGACGCUGGCUUGUUGAUUGCAACCUCUCUUUGUGGCAGUAGAUAUCAGCAACGCUUUGCACCAUCCUGCUCCUUGACUCAUAAUAUCGCAAUCCGUGCAUUCCACAGCUGUGUCUUGACGGCUCUACCAUGCUGCGGGCUGUGCGGCCUGCGGGCUGGCUGGCCCUCGGCCGCCAGUCAUGGCGCUCCUCGAGCAGGGCACACCUAGUGGGGCCCCUCGAGGCCUCAGCUGGGAUCCACGAAGGACCUGGCAUGGUGCCACUUCGUGCAUGGGGCUCCGCAGCUGCUCUGCCCAUGCCCAGCUUGCUUGAGCGGCUCGGUCUCGGGCAGCAGGCGGCCGUCGGCCCUGCAAGCGGUGCCGCCUGGGUGCGGCGCUACAGCAUGCCCACGACGCCCCUCCUGGAGCGCGAGACCAUCGUGUACAUGCGCAGCGUCAGGACGGGGUCGGAGGUGUACCUGAUUGGCACGGCCCACGUGUCCAAGGCCUCAGCGGAGGAAGUCAAAGAGGUGAUUCACUUGGUGCGCCCGCAGUACGUGGGCGUCGAACUAGACGCGGAGCGCGCAGAGAAGCUGAUGUCGGGCAAGAUGUACGAGGACCAGGGCAGCCGCGGCCUGCUGGCCACACUGCGCGAGCUGAUGCACGCCCCAGGGGAUAUCGGCCAGAAAGUGCUGACGGUAGCCAUGCGCAGUAUGUACAAGAUGCUGCGUGACACCGGCCUGGAGCCAGGCCUCGAGUUCAAGGUGGCCAUGGAGGAGGCCCAGAAGGUGAACGCGGAGAUUGUCCUGCUCGACCGCCCCGCCCAGGAGACGAUGGCACGCCUGCGGGAGGUGCUGAGCCUGUGGGACAUCGUGAAACUGUUCACGCGGCGCAUCGACCCCAACGAGGUCCCGCCCGUGCUGCGCGACAUGGGCCAGAUCACCCCGCAGAACAUCGAGGAGACGACGGAGCAGCUCAAGACGCGCGAGGCGGUGCGCCAGAUCACGGCCUUCAUGGAGAAGCUCUUCCCGGACGUGGUGCGCGUGAUGGUCCACGAGCGCGACGAGAUCAUCUUCAACCGCCUCCGCCAGCUGCGGGGCUGCAUCGUGGCGGUCGUCGGCAUGGCUCACGUGGACGGCAUCGAACGGCUGUGGAAGGAGUACGAGGACUACGGGGUAGAUGAAGUAGAAGAGUUCUGACAGGCGGACAGGCAGAGUCAACACCCUCCUUUUCGCGAGCAGCUGAGGACACCAGCGGAUCCCAUGCUUUCGCUAAACAGUGUGUUCGAUUAGAAAGCCACGCGCGGGCUGCUUUGACACAGAUUGGUCGACAUGAGUCGUCGAAGACAGAGGCAUUGCACAGGUGAACUUCCGAGCAUACAUGUAGACUCUAGCGAGAGGUACAUAGUCCGGUACAUAGACCUGCUGAUUUGAGUACUCUAGCGAAGAUAGCCUGCGCAUGCAGCAACUAAUCGUGGAUGUACAUACAAGAUCUUGGCAAACAAGACUUUCACUGCAUACAUGUGAGUUCGCAACAAUGAUGUUGACAUGGAAUGUGUCAAUUAUUGCUGCAAGUUGCC